AUGUCGUCAAGCAACUCAAGCAACCCAAGGACCGAACUCACCAAAGAGAGCGUUCCCCUAACCACCGAGCCAGAUCUUCCCCCAGAGGGAGGUGUUCGAGGAUGGAUCUGCGUUGCUGGGGCUUUUAUUUGCCUAUUCUGCACUUUUGGAUUUCUUAAUGCGCAAAAUUCCCUCCGCGAUUAUAGUCCAUCCGAUAUCUCAUGGAUAUUUGCCGUUCAGCUAUGUCUGAUGUGGGCUUUGGGUCCAUUAUACGGACGUCUCCUCGAUACCUUCGGGCCUGCCCCAGUGCUCUACCCAUGCAGUUUACUAUGCGUGUUCGCUUUGUGUAUGACUAGCCUGGCAGGUGAGUACUACCAAAUCUUCCUAGCGCAAGGCCUUGGAUUUGGAAUUGGUGCUGGAGGAGUCUUUACAGCUGCCAUGGUCUGUGUUGGCCAAUGGUUUGUGAAAAGACGAGGACUGGCUCUCGGUAUUGCGGCAUGUGGGUCGAGUACGGGUGGUGUCAUUUUCCCCUUCUUCUUGAACAAAAUGGUCGGCGACGUGGGCUUCUACGGCGCAAUCAGGUAUACUGCUUUGUUCAUUGGUAUCCUGUUGGCUGGGUCUUGUUUCAUGGUCCGAUCGAGGUUGCCUCGGAAGGCAUGGAAUAAAGAUGCGCCCUGGCUUGAUUUGUCUCUGUUCAAAGAGAGUCAAUUCGCCUUAUACUGCCUAGGUGCAUUUUUUUGGCGAAGUGCUACCUCGAUUCCCGGCCGCAUUAUCCCUCCGCAUAUUGCUGAUCAUGUCGGCCAUUUCAAUGUAAUCACCGCCUGCGCAUUGUCGACGGCCAUCUCGAUACUCUGCCUAUGGUUGCCCUUCCACUAUCAUCCCUCCCAUGCGGGACUUAUUGUUUUUGCGCUGGUUUAUGGGUUCGUUACGGGUGCCGUUGUCUCGCUACUGAUGCCGUGCGUCGCAAAGUCUGGAAAGCUGGAAACAUUGGGUGUCCGAUUCGGAACUUUCCAAAUGGUGGUUGCUCUCGGAUGCCUUACUGGCCUCCCUAUUAUGGGCGCUAUCCUGAAACAACAGGGUGGAAAGGAUUUCGCUGGCUUGGAGAUAUUUUCCGCUGUGUCUGCGCUAAUUGGUGCAAGUUUCCUUGCAAUUUCAACAUAUCAAAUGGCUCGCUCCCACGGAACCUGGCGAGUCUGA